AUGCGGUAUACCCUGGAGAUCAGUCGCAAACCCGAGUCCAAGGGCUGGACCGUGGUAUACGAGGGCAAUCAGUCUGCCUUCAAAGUCCGCCGGUUGACCGAGGCAACAACCUACUACUUCCGUGUGGUCGCUACCAACGUCAGCGGAACGGGUCCUCUCUCGACCACUCUCUGCGUCAAGACCCCCUAUGCGCCUCCACCUCCGGUUAAAGGUAUGUCUGCUUCAAUCAUCCUACUGCUGUGUUCUUAUACUUGUAACUUUCCUUUCUUCCGUCACGAAAACCCUCAGCUGCUUGGUCUUUUUUUAAAAAUGCCACUUUACGACUACGGUUCGCCUUAG